AUGAAUAAUAAUUCCAAUACUUAUAACAACAACAAUAAUUACAAAAUUUCUAACAAUAGCAUUAAUAAUAUUAACAAUUUUCAUAGUAAUAUUGAUAAUAAUUUUAAUAGAAAUGUUAAUACUACUACAAAUGCAUAUAACAGUUUUAAUAGUAAUGAUAAUAGGAAUAUUAAUAAUAAUAUAAAUACUUAUAUUACUACUAUUUAUAAUCCUACUACUAAUAAUAAUGAGUUGGAAGAUUCAAAAGAAAAUAAAUUAAGUAACAUUGAAAAUGAAAAUGAAAAAAGUGAGACUAGUGAAAAUAAACACAAAUCUCAUAUAGAAACACUAAGAAAAUUAAAAUCAAACCAAGAAAUUGUUUUACCUUUAUUAAGUGGGGAAACAGAUGACAUUUUAAUUGGUUUAAAAUAUUUGAUUGAUAAUAUUGACCAAGUCAAUUUUUUAGUAUUAAACUUUUUAAAUAAAUUAAAAAAAAAAAAAAAAAUUAAAAAUAAUCAAGUUAUUUUGCAUUUAAUUGAUUUUAUUUUAAACAAACUAUAUGAAAAAAAUCUAAAUUAUCGUUACAAAAAGACAUAUAUUUUAGAUUUUUAUGAUAAUCUAAUAUAUAAUAAAAAAACAUUUUUUGAGUCAGGAAUAUUUAAUGAUGCCAUUGAUAUAAAAGAUUUAAGGUUAAUAUAUUUUUACAAACAUAACAUAAAAAUAAAAAAAGAAAAAAGUUUUAUAAAGAAGAACCAAUUGUCUAAUAUUAAUUAUAUAAAUAAUAAUCAAAAUAAUACAUGGAAGAACUUAAAUAUCAACAAGAAUUUAAUCAAACAAGAUUUCCUAAUAAAAAAUAAUGAAUAUAAAUUAAAUUUUAAAUAUUUAAAAAAAAAAAAAAAAAAAUUAAGUGGUGAAAUACCUGUACCUAACAGGUAUAUUGGAUUGAAUAAGUGCUUUAAUGAAAACACCAUAUUUGAUUGUGAUUAUUCAAAUUUUUUUUUAAUGAAUAAAAGAUUAUUUAGUAAUAUAAAUAAGUGUAUAAAAAAAUAUAUAAAUGAUAAAAAAAAGUGUAGUAAAAAUGAAAAUGAUAUUUGCAAUUGUAUAACUAAUAUAAUUGUGAACAUUAACAGUGAUGCUAGACUUCGUGAAAUAGUUAAUACAGCUAAAAAGGAAGUUAGAAAUGUUAAAAAUAUUUUAAUAAAAAUAAAAAAGAUUGAAAAUUUAGUAGACAAAUUAAUUAAAUAUGAUAAUGAAAAUAUAAUUAUAAAUGAAGAAGAAAAGAAAAAAAAAAAUAAAAGAAAUUGUCAAAAUAAGAGAGAAACAAAAGAAAAUAUUGAGAAAGAUAAAAAAAAUGAAUAUGAUAAAAAAAAUGAAUAUGAUGAAGAAAUUGAAGAUGAUAAAAAAAAUGAAUAUGAUGAAGAAAUUGAAGAUGAUGAUGAGGAAAUUGAAGAUGAAGAAAGUGAAAAUGAUGAUGAGGAAGAGGAAGAUGAAGAAAGUGAAUUUAGUGAUGAUAGUGAAAAUGACGAUUACAUGAAUGAGGAAAAUAAUAUUGAACAAUUCGUAAACCAAGAUAUUAUUGAAUAUUGUAAAAUUGCUGAAAAUAAUUGCAAUAAAGACAGUAUUCAUAAAAAAGAGAAUGAGAAGGAUUUAAACAUUAUUGAUAGAAAAAAAUUUUUUAUUAUGAAUAGUAAAGGAAAUUCAAAUAUAGAAAAUGACAAUGAAGAUAAUAAUUAUAAAGAAAAACAAAAGAAAAAUAAUAAGAGAAAGCAUUGUGAAAUAGAAAAUAAUAACUUAAUAGAAAAUAGUGAUAAUUUGAUAUAUAAUAAAUCAAGUAAUUCUAAAUCAAUUAAAAUUCAUGAAAGAACUUUUUCUGAAAUAUUUUCCUCUGAGGAAAAAAAAAAAAAAAAAAAAAAUAUGGAAAAUUCUGGUGAGGAUACUGAAAGUAUAAAAACUUUCUAUUUUGAAAAUUUUGAUUAUAACUUUGUUUUACUUGGAAGUGUAAAAAAAGGAUCAGAUAGACAUAAAUCAUUAUUAUUUAAAGUUCUAUGUGAUUCUAUGGAUAUUCCUUGUAGGUUUGUUCGUUACAUUGAGAAUAAAAAUGUAAAAUAUUUUAAUCUUGUUUUAAUACCAUCUGUUCCAGAACAAAAUAUUAUUGAAAGUAUAAUACCCAUAUUUUGGGAGAAAAAGAUAAACACAAAAUUAAAUUUAAGUAUACAGUCUAAAAUAACCAUUUCAAAUUUUUUAAAUAAUAUAGAAAUUAAAUUUAACUAUCUUGAUAAUUUUUUUUUAAGAAUUUGGAAAAAUAAUAAUGAGUUAAUAAAUUUAGAUGAAUAUUUUAUCUUCCAAAAGAAAUUAGGAAUUGGUGGUUUUGGUGAAGUAUGGAAAGUAUCACUUAAAAAUAAACAAGAGUUUUAUGAUUCUUUUUUUUUUUUUAGUAUAAAAAAUACUUCAAAUUUCGCUCUAAAAAUAAUGGAUAUGAAUGAAUUUAAUUUAAAUGAAUCUCUUAUUAUGAGAGAAAAGGCACAUAAUAAUGUAAUACAAAUUUAUUGUGUAUUUAAAGGUUAUCAAAUAUUAAUAAACAGACAAUAUGAAAAAGAAAAAAAAGAAUCUUUAUGUUUUCUUUUAGAAUUAGCUGAUACAUCAUUAGAAAAAGUAUUUUGUGAUAAUACUGUAAUGUAUAAUUUAAAUUUUAUAAGAAUAACUCUUCUAGAAAUAGCCAAUGUAAUGUCUUUUAUUCAUAAGCCAAAUAUUAGGAAAGAAUUUUACAUUUAUCGCGAUUUAAAACCUGAUAACAUUCUAAUAAAGAAUAAUAAAAUAUUAAUAACUGAUUUUAAUUUAUCAAGAAAAGUAGACCAAAAUUUCGAAUAUUUAAUGAGUCAAUGUUGUGGAACUAAAGGACAUUUAGCUCCUGAACAAAAAAGUGUCAUUUAUGACAGAAAAGUUGAUAUUUGGGCUUUUUCAAUUAUUAUAUCUAAAUUUUUAAAACACCAGAAUUUUCAUUAUUUUUCUCAUCACAAUUAUAAUAUUAAUUUAAAUCAUUUUCAUAUUCAGGAUAAAUUUUUAAUAAAUUUACUUUUGGCCUGUAUUGAUGAUAAUCCUUUUAUGAGACCUACCUUUGAUGAAAUAACUAAAUUAUUAAUUAACGAAAUAAUUAGAAAUGAACUAGAAAAUUAUACUAGAUCAAAAAUUAUCAACACUUUUGAAGAAAAAUAA